AUUAGUAGUGACGUGACGUAGAGCAAACGAGUAUUGGAUGUGCUUCGAGUUUCACUGGAUUUUGGGUGCUGUUUGCAAUAAAUUCACCACUAUAGUAAAAAAAUUAACAUAGAUGUUGUAAACUUAGAUUAGGAAGUUUAAAAUAUUUUGUAAUCAAUAUGGCUGGCUGUGGAGACUUCAUCAAGAGUCAGUUUCCAUUGAUCGAUGACGAAUUAAUGAAAUAUGUGGAAGAUAUCUUGUGCAACAGCGCUGAUGAGUUUGAAGACACAGAGGAAAUUUUUGAGGCCGUUGGCGAAGUUUUACAAGGCAUAUCUGAGAAAUCUGAGAAAGACAUUAAAGACAUAUGUGGAAAACUUCUACACAUGUUACAACCUGACAAAGGAUCGAAGAACAAUGGGCCUACGAAAAUUUUGGAUGCACCAAUACAUUUAGCUUCAAUGACCCAGACUAAUUAUAAUGACACAGAUGAUCUCAAAAGUAUAUGGAUGCAAACAAGGGAUGAUAGUUUGAAAGUAGAUGCUAGAAAAUUAGAGAAAGCCGAAGCUAAAUUACAACAGAAGCAACAGAAACAAAAAGAGGUAAAAGCACCAACAGCCACACCACUAUUACAAACUGCGACUGCAUCACAAGUAACAUCGAAAAAAGACAGCAAACUUGAAGCUAAAGGGACAAAUAGAACACAAGACAUAAGGAUAGAAAACUUUGACAUAGCAUACGGAGAUCGGGUAUUAUUACAAGGUGCCGACUUGAUACUUGCAUUUGGCCGAAGAUAUGGCUUAGUCGGAAGAAAUGGUCUCGGUAAAACAACUCUCCUACGAAUGAUAUCCAGUAAACAGUUGAAGAUUCCAUCGCAUAUAACUAUCCUGCAUGUGGAGCAGGAGGUUGUAGGAGAUGACACCAUAGCCCUGCAGAGCGUUCUUGAAUGUGAUACCAUUAGAGAAGGCCUAUUAAAAAAAGAAAGGGAUAUAACUGCUGCUAUAAAUAAUGGCUCCACAGAUCCGCAGCUCUCGUCCGAGUUGAGUUCAAUAUACGUGCAACUACAGAACAUAGAGGCGGACAAGGCGCCCGCCCGGGCUUCGGUCAUAUUGAACGGCUUGGGUUUUACAACGGAGAUGCAGGCAAGACCCACCAAGACCUUCUCCGGUGGAUGGAGAAUGAGACUGGCUUUGGCAAGAGCACUGUUUUCUACCCCUGACCUGUUGUUACUCGACGAACCGACCAACAUGUUGGACAUAAAGGCGAUCAUCUGGUUAGAAAACUAUCUACAGAAGUGGCCCACUACCCUGUUAGUCGUCUCUCACGACAGAAAUUUCUUGGACACCGUACCUACAGAUAUAAUGCAUUUACACACCCAAAGGAUAGAUACGUAUAGGGGUAACUACGAACAGUUCCACAAGACAAAGACUGAGAAGCUGAAGAAUCAGCAGCGCGAGUACGAGGCGCAGCAGCAACACCGGGCGCACACGCAGGAGUUCAUCGACCGGUUCCGUUACAACGCGAACCGCGCCUCCUCCGUGCAGAGCAAGAUCAAAAUGCUCGAUAAACUUCCAGAACUGAAACCAGUCGAGAAGGAAAUAGACGUGGUCCUGCGGUUUCCGGAGACAGAGCCGCUCUCGCCCCCCAUAUUGCAGCUCAACGAAGUCGGCUUCUACUAUUCAAAGGACAAAGUCAUAUUCACAAAUGUUAAUCUGGGAGCGACCCUAGAAUCUAGGAUAUGUAUUGUGGGCGAUAAUGGCGCUGGCAAAACAACAUUGCUGAAGAUCAUAAUGGGUAUACUAUCGCCAACGAACGGGAUCCGCACCGUGCACAGAGGGCUCAAGUUCGGUUACUUCUCGCAGCACCACGUCGAUCAGCUCGAGAUGAACGUCAACUCUGUUGAGUUGCUACGGAACAGUUAUCCAGGUAAACCGAUAGAGGAAUACAGGAGGCAGUUGGGUAGUUUCGGAGUGAGCGGCGACCUCGCGUUACAGACGAUAGGCAGCUUGUCCGGGGGGCAGAAGUCGAGGGUGGCCUUCGCCAGGAUGUGUAUGGGAAACCCUAACUUCCUAGUUCUGGACGAGCCCACCAAUCAUCUGGACAUCGAAACGAUUGAGGCUCUAGGAAAAGGAAUAAACAAAUACACUGGUGGCGUGAUAUUGGUAUCUCACGACGAACGGCUAAUACGGAUGGUCUGCAAGGAGCUUUGGGUCUGCGGGAACGGCUGCGUCACCAGUAUAGAAGGAGGAUUCGACGAAUAUCGCAAGAUAGUCGAAAGGGAAUUAGAAGCACAGAAUAAAUAGAAAAAAUUACACGAACUCGUAUACUAAUUGUUUAGGAUAAUGUAAAAAGUAUCUCUAAAUUAUACCGUUGUAAUAUAUUUAGAGUUUCAUUAUUUAUUUAACGAAAUGAAAAACUAUUAUUUAAUAUCAA